GAGAGAGAGAGGGAGGGAGGGAAAAGGAGCGAGAGGGAAGGGAGAGCAGAGGAGCUUAGAGAGGGGAUCUGCAUUGUAAGUAGCUCUGAGAGCAGCAAGUGGUGGCUGUUUUUCAACCUGUUUUUAUUUUCUCAAGGAGCGGGAGAACAAGAGGAAGAAGAAGAGUCAGGCAGAGGAGCACAGAUCUGAAAAGUCUGGGCUGUGUUUAAAAGAAAAAGGAAGCUGAAGGAGGAGAAGGGAGGAAAGAAGCCAGGAGGAACACAAGGCAGCAAUGGAUAGCAGAGUGGCUCAGUCUGACCCUGAGAUGGCCUGGAUUCACACACUGCUGCUGGCCACCAGCCAGCACACACACUAGGCUGCUAACGCCAAUGAGCUCCCAUGUGUUCGCUCAGCCAUGCUCCCUGGGUAUGGAUUCUCACCUUUUCCUGAUUUCCAGCCCCACCUUCACGCUCUUCGCUGCCGAGGAGAGAGUCCCAGCAUGUGGAUCCCUGGCUCAGGAGAGUCCCAAGCUCUGAGCGAGACCCAGGAGGACCGGCCUCUCCUCCACCCGUGCCACCACAAGCAUGUCGCCGUGUGCCAGCAGGAAACACUGGCUUUUAUUGAGCUACAACCACCAGUGACUCCUAAACUAAACGGUCUGGGCUCUCCCAGGCCAACUGUCAUUCCAGAUGCACAGUGUAAAACACACUCCCUGCCACUGAAUGGUUUCAGACACUCGCUAAAUAAACUGAAUGACGUGCAGAGCAGCUGCCACAGGACAGACAAUGAACAUGAAACAACACUAAAUCUGAACUCUCAUACACCUGCGGGUGAUGAUGAGGUCGAAUGCCACAAUGGAACUCGAACUGUCACGACGGUAUGUCGUCCUCUCCACGCAGCUCUUAGCCUCCCUCUGUCCUUCCCUCUGUCCUCUCUGUACACAAACAGAGACUCAUGGGAAUCUCAAUUACCUUGCUCACCAUCCUCACCUGAAGGUCCAGGGUUUCAGAGCCCAGACUCCUGUCAGCCACAGAGGAGGACUUCACAAGGUUCACUGAAAGAGAAGUCGAUCCGGAGAAAGAUGCAGGUUUAUUCCCCAGACAGCCUGAGUGAUGAAUCUCUCAGCAGCCCGAUCCUGGACGCAGACUACAUCUUCCCUGGUCCUUUUGCAUCUUUCCUGGAGGAGGACCUCAGUGGAUUAUCUGCCCUGGAAGCCAUCUCAAGUCCCUCAUCCACAGACGGCGUGACAGAUCACCCAAACCUCAGUCAUGAUGAUAUUUUUAAUCUACCUGAAGAACCACUGCAGAUAAUAGAGGACUCGAUACUGGGGGUGAGGGAAGGCAGUGGGAGUGUAGAGACGUCCAGUGCUACGGGGGGGAACUUUUUGUCCCGCAGCCGCCAGGGGGACCAAGAGCGGCGGCGUUUCUCAGCUUCUGAACUCAUAUCCAGACUGCAGCUGUCUCAGAGGAAGAACUCCUUCACCCUGAAGCUGGGGAAGUCUCUGUCUGCACGGGUCACCUCCAGGGACAGACAGAGCUCCAACAGCCUCAGCCCCAACCCUGACUAUAAGUCCAACUCCAGGCACCGUGGCUCAGGAGGAUCUAGUGAUAGCGCCCCCCACAGUCCUGUAGGACCUGCACCUCCACUGCCCAGCAGUGACAGUGGGAUGCCUUUGCAUCGGUGGAGCACGAAACUUGGAAUGAGAAAGAAAUCCAUAGAAGAAGACGUGGGCACACUUCCAACUGUUGCUGGUUCCAAUCGCUUAUCAAGGUUUUUGCCUAGUUCGAUUCUGUACCAGGAGUACAGUGAUGUCGCCAUCAACAGAGAGAUCCAGAGGCAACAGGGGAAGGAGCCAGGCACAGAGGAGGAGGGGCUCAGGGAUGAGGGAUCUGACGGGACUCCGUCUCCAUCUAAUUUGUCUCCAUCCAGCUCCUUUCGCUCCUCGCGAGGCUCUGCGUUUGCUCUGUGGCAGGAUAUCCCUGACGUACGAAGCAGCGGUCAGCUUGACAACUUCAGCAACGAGGAGAGGAAAUUACAGGAGGCAAAGUUUGAGCUGGUGACCUCUGAAGCGUCGUACAUUCGCAGCCUGACGAUCGCUGUGGACCACUUCAUGUUGUCGCAGGAGCUUGCUGAGUGUCUGGGAGCUCAAGAUAAGCAGUGGCUCUUCUCCAAGCUGCCUGAAGUCAAAGAUGUCAGUGAGAGGUUUCUUCAGGACCUGGAGCACAGACUAGAGGAAGACAUUCUGCGCUUUGAUGUGUGCGACAUCGUCCUGGAUCACUGCCCGGCUCUGCGAAGAGUCUAUUUACCUUAUGUAACCAACCAGGCUUACCAAGAACAGACAUACCAACGUUUGCUGCACGACAACCCUCGUUUCCCCGGCAUCCUGGCUCGUUUGGAGGAGGACCCUGUCUGCCAAAGACUUCCUCUGACCUCUUUUCUAAUCCUCCCAUUUCAGAGGAUCACGCGGCUUAAAAUGCUGGUGGAGAAUAUCUUAAAGAGGACGACACCAGGCUCUCGAGAUGAGGACACGGCCACAAAAGCUUUCAACGAACUAAAAAAGAUCAUCAGAGAAUGUAACUCCAGUGUGCAGUCAAUGAAGAGGAUGGAGGAACUUAUUCACCUCAAUAAGAAAAUUCAUUUUGAGGGAAAGAUCUUUCCUCUGAUCUCUCAGUCCCGCUGGCUGGUGAAACAUGGUGAACUCCUGGAAGUCGACACUCAGACGAUGAGUAUUUCUGGGUCAAAGCUGAAGUUACCCACCAAGCCCGUGUACCUCCACCUGUUCAAUGACUGUCUCCUGCUGUCCAGGAGGAAGGAUACAUGGAAGUUCAUGGUGUUUGUUCAUGCCAAGAUAGGAGAGCUGAAAGUGAAGGAUCUCAGUCAGAAGCUGCAGGGCAUCUCAGGCUUCAUCUUCCACCUGCAGCUGUGUGAAGGCCAGCAGCUCAAACACCAGAUCCUGCUCAAAUCACACACUGAGAGCGGGAAGCAGAGAUGGAUCACAGCGAUGUUUCCAUCUGAUCCACUCGAAGACAUCGAGCAGGCCAAUGAGAACGAUGAUAUAUCCCAGGUUCAGUGCAUCAAAAGCUAUCAGUCCCAGGAGCACGAUGAGUUAACGUUGGAAAAGGCCGACAUUCUUCAUGCUAAGACCAUUACAAGUGAUGGCUGGGUAGAAGGCAUCAGGCUGUCAGACGGGGAACGGGGCUGGUUCCCCAAAACCUAUGUGGAGGAAAUCACAAGUCGCAGCGCACGCCUCCGCAACCUUCGAGAAAAUAUACGCAUCAAAUGUGUCACACAGAAACUGGAGGGAGAGGACUAACCAUUUCUACUGCAGCUUGUCCUGUGUCAGAGGUGCAUUUCAUUUGAUAAGUUGAAUUUUUAAGCCUCUUGAUCGUUGUUUCUUACACAUUUCCUUUAGCAUGCUAACUGUGAAUAUAUUCUUGAAAUGAGAGUAUAAAGCUUCUACUGCUCUCUCACAAUUUAAGGCUUUUAUGCAAUAAAAGUCUGCUGACAUCAGUCUGUAGUUCCUAAACUUUGUAUGAGCUAUUACUUUAUUUAUGCAUGCUUUCUGGAAAUGCAUCUCAGUACCAUUUUAGAAUCAGAGCAGAAAUUGAAGCAUCUCUGUUGUAAAUGUGGUGUGCCUGUCUGCACAUUUACCUACACAGCUACUAAAUGUAAAUAACAUCUAAAGGUAAAUUUGUACAUUUCUCGGUUCAUGUCAGAGCAGAUCAGCUUGUAGCAUAGUAGCAACUAAAGAUCUAUCUCUACACACUUCCAUCCCUCCCUGAUCAAACUGAGCUCUGUGAGAUGCAGGAGAUUCAUCCAUGUAUUAUUACUACGUCAGAAAUCACCCGAGGCAGAUUGUGCUGCUGAGCUGCAUCAGGACACAUCAGAGGCUUCUUAUCUCUUGUCUUUGUUCACAAUGAGUGCUGCUUUAAUUUCACUACUCCACAGUAACAUUAGUUCAUUUCCCUCCACGUGUCAAAGAUGUGGAUUGUUGCCUUCCCUGUUCCUGUUUCAUUAUUUUAAAGAUUCAACUGUAACAUAAAUGAAGAGCAAAUUAUCGUCUUUACAAGGCUGCACUACACAAAUAUUAUUUGUCAGCGCCUUAAUCUCAUUAAAGGAUUAGACUGACCGUACUCUAUAUUUUUAUCAUUGUCAACAAAGCCCAUGAAAAGAGCAAAGCUAACAAUAAACUCAUCCUGUUGACAGUUUUGUCUGUCACAGCCUAAUGAAGCUUAUGCCUCUAUUGUUGUUUAAAACUAUUUAAACACAUCAGUGAGUCACACAUGAACAUGGGCAGGAACAUGUAAAUACUGCCUAGACCACCAAAUGUAUAUUAAUCCACCGCUCAAAGUAGUCCCCAACAAAUUCACAGUUUACUCCUUUUUCAGUAACAUUUGCUAAAACCUCCAGUGUCCAGCUGUUUUGGGACUUAAAAAAAGACUUAAUGCAUGUGACAUUUCUGUUUUUAAAAGACUCAAUGUGCAAAUUUAGUUUUAAAACUUAAAGACGCCCCAGCUAGCACCAGUUGAAUGAAAGGUCAACAUUAUUGUAUUACGCUAAUAAUACUAAAUAAAAUAAUGCUGUUCUACACUAAGCACUGAAUGACAUUUAGGAACAUCAUCCACAUCAUUUCCCCCACUGGGUGUAAAAAUCCCCAGAUGAUCAAGAGCACAGUGUAACUGAGCUGAGACCUGUUGUUAAUGAACCACUAUAAUCUACAUUAAACUCUACCAGUGGCACAUGUUUAUAACCCAACUUUUUUUUUUUCUAUAUCUAAGUUGUUAGUUGUAAUUUAAGUGGUUGCUGUUGCAGCAUGUGUAUUUAUACUCCUCUAGCUGGUUGUUCUCUAAGGAGAUUCUGAUGUAAAUGGACCUUACUGUAGAUGGCUUCAUGUAUAAAGAGUAGGAAAUGGUUCAUUUACUUUUUUGACUGUAAUUUAUAUGAAAAAAGAUGUAACAGAUAUUAUGACGUUCCAUAACUAUGAACUUCUGUCAGAGUAAUUUCUAGUACCCAAUGAAUAUAAAUACCGUAAUACACUGGAUGUUUACUGGAUGUUCUCCUCACUACUGUAAAUGUUUAACCACUGAAAUAAAAACAGAUUAUUACAUUUUA